UGUGUAAGAAAACAAAACCUACAAACAACAACACUCUCUCACAGUCCCAACUCCCCGCCACCGCCAAUCGACGGAGAUGUCGACAAGCAGAAGCGGGGUGGCUUCCAGCUUGGAGCCGUGGCUUGAGCUGAACAACAAAGUCGUAAUGGUGACCGGCGCCUCGUCGGGGCUCGGCCGAGAAUUCUGCUUAGACUUAGCCAAAUCAGGCUGCAGAAUCCUUGCCGUCGCUCGACGAAUCGACCGCUUACAAUCACUCUGCGACGAAAUCAACAAUCGAAUCGGCUCAGCCGAAUCUAACCACGACCGAGUCCAAUCUCGAGCCGUGCCUAUCGAGCUCGACGUCAGCGCAAGUGCGCCGACUAUCCAAGCCGCCGUGGCGAAGGCUUGGGAUGCCUUUGGGAGAAUCGAUGUUUUGAUUAAUAAUGCCGGCGUAAGAGGUAGUGUGCACUCGCCAUUGAAUUUGUCGGAAGACGAAUGGGAUAGUGUCAUUAGAACAAAUCUGAAAGGGAUGUGGUUGGUUUCAAAGUACGUGUGUGCCCGUAUGCGUGAUGCCCGACAGGGUGGAUCUGUGAUCAAUAUAUCAUCUACUGCAGGUCUCAGCCGCGGGCAUCUUCCUGGAAGCCUCAUCUACGCCACUUCGAAAGCUGCUGUUAACACCAUGACAAAGAUCAUGGCCCUUGAGUUAGGGCCUUAUAGGAUUAGAUUUAAUUCCAUAUCUCCCGGAAUUUUCAAGUCGGAGAUAACGGAGAGUCUGAUGCAAAAUGACUGGUUCAAGACCGUAGCUUUCAAGACUAUUCCUCUACGAACUCACGGUGAGUCGGAUCCAGCUUUGACGUCACUGGUGCGGUAUUUGGUCCAUGAUUCAUCGGAAUAUGUAACGGGAAACGUCUUCAUUGUCGAAGCUGGAGCCACCAUAACCGGCAUCCCAAUUUUCUCGUCUCUUUAGUCUAUGGAUAAUAAUAUGUAGUCCUAAAUUUAGUGAAGAUCAGUUUCCAGACCUCCUAGAAAGAUAGUUUGCAUGAGAGAAAUUAAGUAGAGCUAUUCGCAUCUCGUCUUGUAACACUUUCUUCUUUAUGGAGUAUUUAACUAGUAUCACACUAUCA